AGCAAUAAUAGCUGGCGAUAUUCUUGACGGAUUAAACAUUACCAUCGAGCCAGUGAUCGUGACAUUCACACGCACAUCGCAUUUUGGCACCGAGGCGUAACGAAUAAUGCUGUCAUCCUGAACAGCGUUGAGACGGCGGCUCGAUCCCUAAAAGCCCGGAUGAGAGCAGCAGGCGACGUUCAAGGCAACAUGGUCGCGUGAGUCGAGGACAACCAUUCCAUUCCAUUCCUGGUGGUGGUGGUUGAGGGGGGGGGGAGAACGACGACAGCCACUGCUGGAAUCUGUGACAUUUUCGACGCGACCCACGGAGAGCGGUUCUGGGAAAAAAUACACAGGCAGCGAUAGAGGCGUGGAGGCGGAGAGGAACGGCACGUUUCUCCCCCCUUUUUGCGGUGUCCUAUUUCGUUGGUGAAGGAUCGCGCGGACAGGCCGUCUCACACUAAGCUAUGGAAUGCUCCCCGCACCCACCAUCACUAGUCUCCAAUCUCCGGACUGAGCUCCAAACGCUUAGUUAGCGGCUUUACUUCUCCCCUCGAACUCUUUACAACCAGGGGACGAAGAAAAAAGGAGUGGACUUGGCUUAAGUCCUCCGCUUCAAGCGCACAGAGCACUUCCUUUUUUUUUUUUUUUUUUUUUUUUUUUUCUCCUCUUGGAUUUUUAAAAACACAAAAAAUCAUAUCAAGAUGGAUAUGGAUGCGUAUCUGUGGAUGGUCAUCCUCGGCUUCAUCAUCGCCUUCGUGCUGGCCUUCUCGGUGGGCGCCAACGACGUGGCCAACUCCUUCGGCACGGCGGUGGGCUCCGGCGUGGUCACGCUGAAGCAGGCGUGCAUCCUGGCGUCCAUCUUCGAGACGCUGGGCUCCAUGCUGCUGGGGGCCAAAGUCGGGGAGACCAUCCGGAAGGGCAUCAUCGACGUCAACCUGUACAACGAGACGGUGCCCGUGCUCAUGGCGGGGGAGGUCAGCGCCAUGUUCGGUGAGUCGGACAGAAUUUUCCCCAGCUGGCGUAAACCUUUAUCCAUCUGUGUGUUUUUGCCCUCACAGGAAGACUCCGUCCCCAACGGCCUGCGAGCGCUGCCCGUCUUCUACGCCACCACCAUCGGGAUCAACACGUUCUCCAUCAUGUACACUGGAGCCCCGCUGCUCGGGUUGGAGAUGCUACCGGUGUGGGCCAUCUUCCUCAUCACUUUAGCUGAGUCGCUGAUCUGUGCAGCUCUGGUCUGGUUUUUGGUCUGUCCCUGGAUGAGGAGGAAAAUAGCAAGUCGCCUAAAGAAGGAGCAGGCCCUCUCUAGGAUCUCCGACGAGAGUUUGGACAAGAUCCCCGAAGAGGAGGAGGAGAGCCCCGUGUUCAAGGAGCUGCCAGGGGCCAAGGGAACAGACGAGGCCGUGCUGCCGCUCACGGGGGGCAGCAGCGAGCGGAGCACCCGCGAGUCCAGCGGAGAGCUCUCCAACCUGGCUAAUGGAGGCAACGUCCUGCCCAAUGGCAGGGUGUACGGCCGGACCCACUCGAUGACCAACGGCUGCCUCAAGUCCCCCAUCUCCAACGGCAGCUUCACCUUCGACGGCCACGGCCACGUGCGCAGCGACGGCCAGGUGUACCACACCGUGCACAAGGACUCGGGCCUGUACAAGGACCUGCUCCACAAAAUCCACCUGGGCCGCAUGGACGACGGCGACCGCUCGGGCUCCAACGUGGGACAGCCGGACAACAACUACCGCCUGCUGCGGCGCAACAACAGUUACACCUGCUACACAGCGGCCAUAUGCGGCAUGCCCGUGCAGCCGCUCAUCCGCUCGGAGUCCCGCGACGACAGCGAGAAGCUGGUGGGGGAGGGGGGCAGCGGCAGGAGCAACAGCGUAUCCUACUCCAAGAAGAGGGUGCGGUACGACAGCUACUCAUCGUACUGCAACGCCGUGGCGGAGGCGGAGAUCGAGGCAGAGGAGGGCGGGGUGGAGAUGAAGCUGGCCACGGACCUGGAGGGGGUGGACGAGGACGGGAAUCCGGUUCCCGUGCCUCUGGACGACUUGGCCGAGGAGGACCAUGAGGAGAAGGACAAGCCCGAGGUCUUCCUGCUCUUCCACUUCCUGCAGAUCCUCACCGCCUGCUUCGGCUCCUUCGCCCACGGAGGCAACGAUGUCAGCAACGCCAUUGGGCCCCUGGUGGCGCUGUGGAUGAUCUACGACCAGGGUGGCGUAAUGCAGGACGCCGCCACCCCCAUCUGGCUGCUGUUUUACGGCGGCAUCGGCAUCUGCGCCGGUCUGUGGGUGUGGGGCCGCCGUGUCAUCCAGACCAUGGGGAAGGACCUGACUCCCAUCACCCCCUCAAGUGGAUUCACUAUUGAACUGGCCUCUGCACUCACAGUGGUGUUUGCUUCCAAUAUCGGAAUCCCUGUCAGUACCACGCACUGCAAGGUGGGCUCGGUCGUAGCCGUGGGCUGGAUCCGCUCCAAGAAAGCGGUGGACUGGCGCCUCUUCAGGAACAUCUUCCUGGCGUGGUUCGUCACGGUGCCCGUGGCCGGCCUGUUCAGCGCCGCCGUCAUGGCCCUGUUCGUCUACGGCAUCCUGCCCUACGUCUGAGGGACGCUCGGCUGGGAGGGAGGACGGAGGAGGAAGAGCGAGUCAGAGAGAGAGAGAGAGAUACUCGGGUUAAAAAACAAAUCCUAGCUCGAGUGUCAGGGGUAGUACAAAUGGUGGGAAGCGGGGGAAAGGGUGAGGGAGGAGAGUGAGCGGCAGAGGUUUGCAGACGGACUGGGUUGUACUGUGGAGGUGAGGAGGGUUGGUUCAUGUGCUACCUGGCUCCGUAGUCCAGAGACCUCUUUUUGCCUCACUCGGGUUUCUGAUCGGUUCGUAUUUAUUCUCUUCUUUCGGGCGCAUAAGAAAGCGUGCAGCCGACGUGUUUCCACCCUACCGUUCAAUCGGCUGUGCCAAUAAUGGGGAGAUUUUCGGUAACUCUUUUCUGUCUCAUCAUUAAAAAACGAAAAAAACAAACACAAAAUCACGAGUUUAAAAAACAAAAAAAGACUGCGCACCUAAACUGCAGUAAAACUAUAAUCAUUCUACCAGCAAUGCCAGGUAGCAUAGUCGGUCAAGUGCUCAUUAUUAUCGUUCCAAAAUGCCAGAAAAAAACAAACCCUGUACAUAUUGUUGUAUUGGAUUGAGUGUGAUUUGUUGUAUUGCGGCUUGCUUUAAAGUAAAAAAAAAAAGAAAAAAGAAGAAGAAAAGAUGUGCGUGUGGUAAACCGACCCAUUCAUCAUCUCCCUUUGAACACACUAGGGCCAAAUGGAAAGGACGCCUCAGAGAGAGGGCUGGUGGGACUGUCACUCUGCUACCUUUUUUCUUUUUCCACAUGAUACCACAGAAACCUGAUUUGCUAAAAGAGUUGAUUUUUUUUUUCUUUGUCAAGAGCUCCUGUAUGUUUUUAGAGAUGGAUCUCAUAUUUUUUAAUGAUGUAAUAUACUGUAAUUUGUACUGUAAAUACUGUCCUAAAGAGUUUUGGGGACGGGGGUCACGGUUUGUUUUUAACGUAGUAAGGAAGGAAGGGGCUCUUCAUGAUGUCAUAUUAUACAGUGUGUUUCAUCCCAGAGUACACACACACACACACACACACACACACUGCCAGUUGGGCAGAAAUGGUUUGCAGAAGUGUAUUAAUUAAAUUUAAAAAAAGGUAUUUCAAUGAACCCAUUCUCAGCAGGGAAAAUGAAGAUAUUUCAUUCCUUCUGAUUUUAUCGCAACAGUAAACUCAACAGUAUUGUUGGAGAGUUCUUCAGUUCAAUGUUUCCUUCUUGAGAAAACGUUCAGGUGCGUUUCAGAUGGCCAUAUUCAAAAUAGAUUUUAAGCAGAACGAGGUUUAGGCGCCGCAGAGACAAAAAACACACCCGACAAGGUCCCGUAAAAUGUUCACAUAUCUUCAUCCGUUUGCCUUUUGUUUUCAUAUUUUAAAAAAAAGAAGCUACUGGAGUUUGUCAUAUCGAAGGCUGCCAGCCAACGACGAACCUCCACAACCGUCCACGUUCUGGUCUCGUCAGGUCUGCCGGGUCUACAAAGCCUCUGUAGCCCCGAGCCUCGGCGUUAUCGUCAUCAAACGCUUCAUAUCGUGUGUGUGUAUAGAACUCAGCCAGUUAAUGCAGAGGUGGACAGGAAGGGGAUUCAAACCCCCGGCCCACACGCGUAGCUCCUCAAAAUGGGCCGCUUGCUGUUGUUUUUGAAGUGUAGAAGCGAUUUUAGUCUGCUGAUCAUGUGCGUUUCAGUCCAAGUGCUAAAGGUGAGCGAGAUAUCAUGGGCUCAAAAAAUCACAACUGCUCGUGUGUCAGAAAUAUCACAAGACAUUUUUGUCUGAGGAUCACUAUUUUUGAAUGAAGCGGGUAUCGGGGGGGUUAGUACUGAUCAUCACCAGCUUUUUAACAAGGUCACCUGACCUGUAGAAGAACAAAGUCUAAAGCUUUUUUCUUUUUCUAUUUGAACAAACUAUGCCAGGUGUUGCAAGGUCUCUUUAUUUCUUUAAAUGUUUCUUGUGGCGUGUUUCCAACUUCAUUUUAUUUUUUUCUGUCUAUCUCAUGAACAAAUCUAUGCUUAAGUAGCCACUUGCCUUGUAACAUUGUGUUUUACUUUGUGCAGAUACGGUCAAAUAAUGAAGUACUGUGGUGUUUACAUCGUUACCAUAUUGUAGAGUAUCUGGAAUAAAUAAAAGCCGUUGCCUAAUGAUGCCAAUGAAAGACGGAACUAUUAACAAUGAAUUUCUUUUUUAAGCGCAAGUAAAAACAUAAAUAACUUGAAGUGUCUAGAGAGAGAGAGAGCGAGUGAUGCCUCUUGUUUGUUGUAGUGGUUCUGAUCCUGAUCCCAGUCACUUUACACUGCUACUAUAUGUGUGGGUUCAGAAUGAAAAGAGAAAUCUCAUCAAGACUAUAUAUUUUUCUACCAUAUCUGAGUUUUAACCCGGGUGAGCUUCCGGAACACUGUGGUGCACAAUAUCGUGGGGGGGGGGGGAAACUGGAGAACAGGGACUGGAUGGAGUGACGCUCUCAUCACUGGAGCGUACUCUCAGUGUCGCUAGUGCCACGUGUCACGCUUCCUCCGAGCCCAGCACGUUCGUCUGACACGUAGAUCGAUGUGUCGGUUGCCAAUAGGUCGGAUUUUGAAAUUCCCCUUUUUUAUUUUCUGAAUUUUUAGAUGGAAAAACACUUUGUAAUUUUGUUUCCCUACCGCUUUUGGUCGCAAUUGUGAAGGCAAAGCCUCUGUAGAAGAGACUCUUAAAUCUUCAACUGAUAACUGGACUGUGAGGACAUUUCUUUCCUUGUUGAGGCAGGAAACCACUCUUGAAGCUCAUACCGUUUUCACUCUUCACACGUGUGUCUGUUACACGGGGGGAAGGGGGCUGCACGAAGCUGGUGGGUUCAAAUUUGUACAGUUAAAAACUCGUUGAAUGCUAACAAAAUAACAUUGAUUCAUGUUUAAAAUAAUAGCUGCGUUCUUUUUCUUUCUACUUUUAGUACGUAAUGCUUCCCUUACAAAGUACCUACUGUUGCAUGCAGUCGGGACGCACUACGACCUAAUAACAUGGCAUCUUUAACUUUGACCCUUUUGCUCAUGCGCAUAGGAUUGUGGGUCGUGAAAAGCCAGAAAAGUAUGCAUUCUGCAAAAUGCCCCCGGAUGCUGUAGGACAUGCUGCUAUUUAUGGCAGACUGCAUUCGACACUACUACUAAAUCUUUUUUUUCUGGCAUACAAAGUAGUGUAGUAGUAGUAGUGGUGGUAGUGGUAGUGUAGUAGUAGUAGUAGUGGUGGUAGUAGUAGUGUAGUAGUAGUAGUAGUGGUGGUAUUGGAACGCACAGAAUAUGUUGCUGUCCAGGACAGUUGUAGAAACCUUUUUUUUUUUAUCUCCCAUACUUCAGCUGAUGCAAUAUUGCCAGCAUGCUUCAGAAAUCUGGUUAGUGCUUCAUCGCCAUGCUGUUGCACCCCCCCCCUCCAUUUGUAACUCACUCUGUCAUUUAUUUUUUGUGUGUGUAUUUUCACGCAUUCUCAGUCUUGAUAGGCCAAAAGGGAUGCACUGCUCAAGAUGGGGAGGAAAAAGUGAAAAUGGUCUUCUGGUGACAACUUCAAACAUCCGAUUGAAACGGCUCAAACUGUCACGUGUCAAAUUUGAAUGAAAGUAACUAAUGCUACAUGAAACAAAAUGAAAGUAGCGUUGCUAUUCGUAUGUUAAAGCUCCUGAAAACUUGUUUUUUUUAAUAUUACGUGUUUCUUUAUAGCAUUAAAUAAUGAUAAUUCGAUCGGUAGUUGUUAAACGCUGGAAAGUCAGCUGAUCUGGUUUGACAAACAACCCAACGACUGAUUCAAAUGUCUCUGAUUGGUGCACGAAAAACACCUUUUUCCCAACAGAGCCACGCCCACUUCAAACCAGUCUGGAGGGCGCAAAAAAACAAUACAUCCCUCAUCCGAAAUCUUUUCCGACUUUGAUGAAAAAUAAUGUAUUACAAUGGUGGAUACCAUCGUUCAUAGUAAGAAGCUAAUUAAUUAAUACAAAGUUUUCAGGGCCUUUAUAUGAGUCAGACCCCAUUGAGUCUAAUUAUCUUGUGAAUUAUGGAUAAAAUAGUUACGUCCUGAAAGUCAAUAAUUGCAAUGGUUGCGCAGGUCAAAUUUGCGAUAAUUGUUAAAAACAAUUGGUUUGGUACGACUAUGAAAGCAGCCGCUAGAUGGCACGGUCCGACACUUUUUCCCCUCCCCGUUUUAGACCCGUCCGUGUCAGCUAAUCGGUAUCAGACCGACGCCGUUUAAAGGGGGGGUCGCUGCGCUUCUAUUGCGUAUAACGUUUUUUUGUGACCUCGUCGCAGAGAAACAGAAGGGGCCAUUUCUUUCUCCCUGAAUUGUGCAACACAAGCAGUUUCUUGGGAAGGUGGUGUAGCUCCUCCCCGGUGGUGUAAUAGCGACCUCUCCUGUUUGUGUGGGAACCAGCACCCACCUCACGAGAGGUGGAGGGGCAUCAGCUCAGACCCUCAUCUGGAUGUGGCGUGCUGUCUCUAGUGUUCUGGUCUGUCUCGUGAUAGAAUGUGCUCCUUGGCUGGCCUGCAGGCUUUACAAGCUCUGUGUUGUCUUUUUACUGUUUAUUGCUAUCUUAACUGUCCGGUCCUUCAAAACGUUUAAGAAAAUAAAUAAAUGUAUAAACGAAUGAAUAAAAAUAUCAAAAGAAACUGUAGCCUGCUUCUACAAAAUCUUAAAGCUCUUCUGAUUUGCGUAUAUCGUACUGUAAUGUUUUAUUUAAGAUUUUAGUGAGUAAAAAAAAAAAAUGUCUGCAUUUAAACUAAAUGAUGGGAAUUAAAAUUACAAAGAAUACCUGAA